AUGCGGGGAUUUGCAGGCGGGGACUACCAGGCGAGGACUUCCAAGUGGGGACUACCAGGCGAGAACUACCAGUGGCUACCAGGCGUGGACUUCGAGGCCGGGACUUCCAGGCGUGGACUACCAGGUGAGGACUACAAGGAGAGGACUGCCAGGCGGGAAUUACCCUUUCAGGAACUAUUAGGCGAGGACUUCAAGUCAGCGACUUCCAAGCUGGGGCUACCAGGCGCAGACUACCAGGCUGGGACUAGCAGGCGGGGAUUUGCAGGCGGGGUCUACCAGGCGAGGAAUUCCAGGCGGGGACUACCCUUUCAGGGACUUCCAGGCCAGGACUUUCAGGCCAGGACUACCAGGCGGGGAUUAUCAGGCCGGGACUACCAGGCGGGGACUACUGGGCAGGGACUACCAGGCAGGGACUUCCAGGCGAGGACUUCCAGCGGGGUACUAUCAGGCGAGGACUUCCAAGCGGGGACUACCAGGCGAGGACUACCAAGCGAGGACUACCAGGCGAGGACUACCAGGUGGGGACUUCCAGGCGAGGACUUCCAGCCGGGAACUACCAAGCGAGGAUUACCAGAAGAGGACUACCAGGUGGAGAGUUCCAGGCGAGGACUUCCAGUCGGGGACUACCAGGCGAGGACUGCCAAGCGGGGACUACCAAGCGAGGAUUAUCAGGAGAGGACUACCAGGCGGGGACUACUAUUAGAGGACUGCCAGGCGAGAACUUUCAGGCGGGCACUUCCAGGCGAGGACUACCGGGCGAGUACUUCCAGCCGGGGUCAUGCGUAUGCACGUGCAUCAGCGCGUGAUACAUCACGUGAAACAGCCCGUGUUGCAGGGCCACACGUGCACGCAUUGCUGCACGCGCUAAUUAUGAAGGACUUUAGCUUGCUGAAAUAUAUCGAACGGACAAUUGAACUUUUGAAUCUUUCUAUGUUCGUUCUUGUCACUGUUUAUAUCUAUCUAUCUAUCUAUCUAUCUAUCUAUCUAUCUAUCUAUCUAUCUAUCUAUCUUCCUACUAUGAACCACCAACUUGUUCAUGUCACCAACCACGUCAAUGAUUAG